AUGAAUAAAGUUAAGGGUGAAAAUAAUGUUCAACAUAAUCAAGAAAAUAUUAAAAAGUUAAAGAGUAAUUUAUCGUUUUGGUCCCCCUUAAACGAUAAUUUUAAUCCCCCAGACAAAAAAUCGACUUGCACUUGGCAUAAAAAUGUUGAUAGACUGACAACUCCUCAUACCACAAAAGACUGGAGAAGGACUUCGAAGACUCUCCCCAAUGCUUUGGCUGCAAUUGGAAAUACUCCCCUCAUUAAAUUGAACAAAAUCCCACAAGCAGAAGGACUAAAAUGUGAUGUCUAUGUAAAAUGCGAAUAUUUUAACCCUGGAGGAUCAGUUAAAGAUCGCAUUGGAGCGAGAUUAAUAGAAGAUGCUGAAAAACAAGGUCUUCUCAAACCAGGAUACACUAUUAUCGAACCAUCAUCAGGAAACACAGGAAUUGGUCUUGCUAUGGCAGCAGCAAUUAAAGGUUACAGAUGUAUUAUAGUCAUGUCUGAGAAAAUGUCCAACGAAAAAGUAUCUGUUCUAUCAGCGCUAGGAGCUGAAAUUGUACGCACUCCGGUAAAUGCAGAUUCAAACUCGGCAGAAGGCAUGUUUGGCACGACUUACAAAUUAAGGAAAGAAAUUCCAAAUUCCGUUAUUUUGGAUCAAUAUUCAAAUCCUGGAAACCCUUUGGCUCACUAUGAUACUACUGCCGAAGAAAUUUACGAACAAUGUGACAAAAAUGUAGACAUGAUUAUCAUUGGUGCAGGUACUGGUGGGACUGUUACAGGAAUAGGCAGGAAAUUCAAAGAAAUAUCUCCACAUACCAAAAUUGUAGGCGCAGAUCCUUUGGGGUCUGUACUAGCUCUACCAGAUUCACUAAACCGGACAGAAACUGAUUUUUAUGAAGUUGAAGGGAUUGGCUACGAUUUUGUACCUACCGUACUAGACAGAAGUGUGGUAGAUUUGUGGAUUAAAACAAAUGAUCAAGAAUCACUCCCUAUGGCGAGGAGGCUAAUAAAAGAAGAGGGGUUGUUAGUUGGUUCAAGCAGUGGUGCUGCUUUAGUGGCGGCUGUGAAAGCGGCAAAACAUCUUGAAGCUGGCAAAAAAGUCGUGGUUAUUCUUCCAGAUAGCAUUAGAAAUUAUAUUACUAAGUUUGCUUCAGAUCAGUGGAUGGAAGCAAGAAAUCUCAUGACACCUUUAAACACAUUGAAUCAUUGGUGGUGGGACAAGAAUGUAACUACACUAGAUUUAGAACCGCUGAAAGUUGCUACUACUAGUAUGACAUGUGAAAAAGUAUUGAAUUUAAUAACUAAAGCCAAAUUGGAUCAAAUUCCAGUUGUUGAUGGUGUCGGUGGAAUGGUUGGUAUGUUGACCUCACAAUUUUUAAUGGAGAAAUUAUUAACUGGAAGAAUACAGUCAAACGAAAGCGUAGAAAAAUGUAUUGUUAGAAUUUAUCCAAAGGUCCAGAAGACUGUGAAUCUCGGUGUUGUAUCAAGAAUUUUGGAAAAAGAACCUUAUGUUUUGGUUCUUGAUAAACAAGGUGAAGUUGAAAAACCUUUAGGUAUCGUUAAGCCCUUAAACUUGCUGCAAUAUAUUCAGAAAAAGGAAUAG